AUGAUUUUUUAUCAGUUCUUCCUGCUAUCCCUAGCUUGCGCGCACGCCCCAGUGGUCCACCUGGGAUAUUCUAGCUAUGAAGGCAGCUCGUUUCCAAAUGGCGUCUCUCAAUUCCUGGGAAUGCGGUAUGCGGCUGCACCUAUAGGUGAUCUGCGCUUCGAAGCUCCCCAGGAUCCCCCAUUCAGGAGAGAGACCCAGAAAGCCAAUCAUCAUCGUCCUAUUUGUAUUCCAGUGGCAAAUGCCCCGGGUACUGAUGUAGAGAAAACGCAGUCGGAAGACUGUCUAUUUGUGGAUAUCUACACUCCAACCGACGCCGUCACCUCCGGGAAGAAUCUCCCAGUUUAUUUCUUUAUCCAAGGCGGAGGCUUUGCGGAGCUGUCGAAUCCCAAUUACAACGGAUCUUACUUGGUCGAAGCAUCAGAUCACAAUAUCGUCGUGGUGACAUUCAACUACCGCGUGGGGCCAUUCGGGUUUCUCGCCAGUGAAGAAGUUGAACAGGGCGCUAGUCUCAACAACGGGCUCAAGGAUCAGCUCAAGGCUCUCGAAUGGGUGCAAAAGCAUAUUAGCAAGUUUGGCGGAGAUCCCAAACAUGUCGUCAUUGGUGGUGACAGUGCUGGAGGAGCGUCGGUGACUCUGCUUCUCUCUGCAUACGGGGGACGAAACAAUGGACUCUUUAUCGGCGCGGCAGCAGAAUCACAGAGCUUCGGAACCAUGCUUAACGUCCCCGAAAGUCAAUUUGCCUAUAACAAGCUGGCAGAGAACACGGGUUGUAGCAGCAGCGACAACACCCUAACAUGCCUGCGAACUCUGAACGUCAACGACUUGCAACACCAAAAUGUCAAGACGCCAUUCCCAGGAGCAACGGGAGACCCCUUGUAUCUUUAUGGCCCAACCAUUGACGGCGAUCUGGUCCAAGACCACACCUUGAAACUCUUCCACCAAGGCAAGUUCAUCAAAGUGCCUGUCAUAUUCGGCGACGACACAAACGAAGGAACAAUCUUCGUCCCCAGAGGCACAUCCAGCGUUGCCGAAGCCGAUGCAUUCAUCCAAGACCAAUUCCCCACCAUCACCAAAGCCCAACUGGACAAGUUCAACAGCAUGUAUCUUACCCAAGACCAAACCCGAACAUACCCCAAUGCCGGGCCUUACUGGCCCCCGACCAGCGCCGGCUACGGUGAACUUCGAUACAUCUGUCCCGGCAUCGACAUGUCAUCCGUAUACGCCGCAGCCGGCCUCCCCAGCUGGAACUACCACUAUGCAGUGCUAGACCCACAUGAGGAAGAAAUCGGCACAGGAACCUCACACACGGUCGAGGUGAAUGCCAUCUGGGGCCCGGACGGAGUGAGCGGUGUACCUCCAGCUUCUUAUUAUACCACGAAUGCGGGCAUUAUCCCGGUGAUGCAGGGCUACUGGACGAGUUUCGUUCGGUCGUUGAACCCCAAUACAUAUCGCUAUCCGUCUAGUCCGGAAUGGGGAACUUGGGGCAGUGGAAGUGAUGCAUAUCAUCGUAUCUUCAUCCGGACUAAUGACACUAAAAUGGAGACGGUGCCGCCAGCUCAAAGGAAGCGUUGUGAAUAUUUGCUUAGCAUUGGCGACGAUCUGAGGCAGUAG